AUGGAUGAUCAGGCUGGUUUGGUAAAGUUGGACAGCCUUUUGCUGCAGUUAGCUUUAGAGACUCGAGAAUUAACCCAGAAGAAGGAUGACCUGACGCAGCAAAUUCAAAUUUGUAAAGUGGGCAUCCAAGAAAAGAAGAAAUGCAUCGAUGAAACUCGUAAGAUCAUAAAGAAACUCGAGGAGGACAUUCAACAGAAACAAAACACCGUCAAAUGCUGCAAAGAAAAUGUGAAAAAUCUUCGUGGAACAAGUGAUCUUCUGCUUCAGUACGAGAGGACACUGGCAGCUGAGCUUGAAAGGAGGCAGGAAAGCUAUAAUCAAGACAUGAAGAUCUUUCAGGAAAGAAUGGAAAAAUACUGGAAAGUAUUCCAGCAGCAUAAAGAGGAGUAUUUGCAGAAUCCUUUAGCUGCAAAACUCCUAAAAAUUCAGACUGAAAAUGAAGAAAUUGAGAGAAGAAUCCGAGCCAAAGAGGAGGAGAUAAUAGCAAAAGAGAAAGAGUUGAAAGCUCUGCAAGAGGACCAUGAUAAGUGUGACAGUGUUCAGAAACCUGUUGAAUCAAACGAACAAGUACCGCCAUCUGAGAGCGACGCUCAGUUUGAAGUUGAUCGGACAUCUCGUCAAGAUCCUCAACCACAGGCUGCCAACGCAGAGCAAGAGGAUGUUCAAAUCGAAAUGGAUGAGAAUGCUUUGGAGAAUAAUCAAGACCAAGCAGAUGGCGGUGAUGAGUCAAAUUCAGCUGAAGUGGGUGUAAUUGGUAGCACCAUAUGGACAAAUUCAGAAAUAAGAGGUGAAGAAAGUCAAGAAGCAGACCAUAAUGAACAAGAACACACAGCGGAAGUGGAUGUGAAUAUGAACACCUCCCGUGGGUCUGACUCACUGGAAGAUGUGAUGGAGGCUGAAGAGCAGCAGGAAGCUACUGUGGAGGAGGGCGGUAACGAGGGCGGUAACGAGGGAGCACAAUGUCUCCCAUCAUCCCCUGUCCAAAUGAGAACGCUGGAUCUGCCAACAUUCUGUCUAACCAGCCCCAGUACAUCUCAGGGUCACCAGGAGGGCAGAGAAACACCAGCGUUCGUUUUCUCCAUGAACUCUGGACCAAACACUCCGACGUUCUCAGGCUUCGACUGCAACUUUGAAGCGGGGUCGAGCCAACAUGAGGAGUCACCUUUUACAUUCUCCAGCUCUUAUUUCAGCAAGAAGUCACCUGGAACGAAGCUUCCAGGAUUUCUGUUUGAUGAAUCCGAGAGUCGUACAGAGGAUGAAUUUGCCUUUUCUUUCAGCUCUAAGAGCCCUCAGCCCAAGGAGUCAGUUGGGUCUGGAGAUGCUUUCCCUUUCUCCUUCAGCUUUGGGAAAUUUUAACUCUGUUAUCGUUUUUUUUUUUUUUGAAAACAUUUAGUGUUUUAAUACUUCAUGUCAGGUUCUGACAAGCACUUGAAAGAAAUUUUACAGUUUAAUAAUAUUACAUUGCUAACGUUGCCUUAUUCGACUUUGUUCAUGAUGAGACGAGAUAUCGGGCCUGAUGUUCUGUUAAAGUGAAUGAAUGCUGAAUAUUCAGUGAUCGCAAAACACUUUCAGUUGUCCAGAGUUUCACAAAAUUUGUG